GCGCCACAGCUCUCAGGACGCCAUUAGCAACAAGGUUUGAGCUCGUGUUUUUUAAGCAUAAGUUUUGAGCUCAUGUUAAUUAGAUUUCCUCGUGAAUUAAUGUCAAAGGCAGAAAAUUCAUUCCGUAGGAAUUUCAGAACAAAUACAUAUGACCCAAAAAAUGGCAAGUUUAUGAGAAAAAUGCCAAGAAUUGGAUUCCUCCAAGAUUUGAAUGUAAUGCAAACAAUGCAACUUAAAGAAUUCUCAAAAACAGGGAUCCUUGAAAAAUGAUUUAUAGCAGGCAAAAGAACCAAAUCCACGAAUUUUUCAAAUAUUUGUAAGACCAGUUAGGCAAAAUCCCUAUGAGAUCUUGCCGUUUACUAGUCAGACCCAACUUCGACAAUUCUCCUGGUUGAAAUGGCCGAAAUCUUGUUGAAUUCUGGCGCACUUGUGAGCUCCGACCCCAUUGCUGAGAAUUACCAACAGGCAAGGCAACACCGUGCUUUCUUUGCACUGUAUUUCGAAGGACCGCGUAUCGGGCGGUCCCAAAGCCUCAUUUCGCAUGGAACGGUCGAUCGACCAAACCACGCUGAAACAAAUCGGGAGCCGGAGGGACAGAGAGAGUAAGGCGAGCGGCACGAUGGGCCCGAAAAAAUCCCCGCCAUCACCUCUGGACGAAUGGGGAUGCCGCGCCCACGUGACCGCGCAGCGCCCACAUGCUGACAUGUCCCUCUCCUCCCCCUCGCCUAUUUCUACCUCCCCGACGGUGUUACUUGUCACGCUCUCCUCAGUUCACUCCCCGCGAUCCCGGACGCCAUUAGCAACAAGCGCCACAGCUCUCAGGAGGCUUCGGCUCCUAUCUCAGAGGAAGCUCCACCGUCUCUUCUCUGGUCGCUCUGAUCGCGCGAACAAGUUAAUUAGGUGUGCUUGCCGAUCUGGUCGUGGUGUGCUUGCCGAUCGCCAUGGCCGACGACUCAUCGUCCCCGGCGUCUUACAUCCGGCUGGUGCAGCAUCUGAUCGAGAAGUGCAUCUGCUACGACAUGAACAAGGAGGAGUGCGUGGAGGCGCUGGAGAAGCACGCCAACAUCAUGCCCGCCGUCACAUCCACCGUGUGGAAGGAGCUGGAGAAAGAGAACAGGGAGUUCUUCGAGACGUACAAGAAGGACAGAGGCGGUGAGUCGCCGUCGCAGAAGGGCAGUCCUUCAGACCAGGCGUCGACCUCAAGGAGCUCAGACGACAACGACGACUAGAGGCCGGCCGGAUCCAUGCAUAUAUGCAUGGCACUACACAAAACUAAAAUAUAUGAGGGUGUGUGUGUGUAAAUAAAUCGCAGCUAGCCACGCCACGCCACGCACGUACCCCUGGCUCAGCUCCAGCUGGAUGAUCCACCGAGCAGACACUCCUUCAGUUGGUUGGUCCAAAAUAGAAAAGAUUCAGAAUCACCAAUCCACAGGAGCGUCUGGAAUCUUGUAUGGAUACUAGUAAGCCAUGCUGUACACGUGGAGGAGGAGAAUGGACGUCCGUCCGGAGGAGACGACGGACGUACGCGGGCGUUGCGGUCUAUAAUUUGUACCCAUCUGUACAUACUCCUUACAUGUGAGCGGCGACUAGCUUGUUGCUGUCA